GUGAUGGGAGGGGGCGGGGCUGCCGGUGACGGACAAAGGCUGAGCUUUGCCCCCUGGGGCGGCUUUGAGGCGGCUGCUCUGCCCGGUCACCCGGCGGGAGCAUGGCAGAGGCCGCAACCCUGGAUCCGCCGCUGCCCGGUGAAAACGUGAAACCUUUUACUCCAGAGAAAGCCAAGGAAAUUGUGAUGUCUCUACAACAACCUGCAGUGUUUUGUAACAUGGUUUUUGAUUGGCCAGCAUUACAUUGGAAUGCUAAAUAUCUUUCUGAGGUGUUGGAUGGAAAGAAAAUACAGUUUAGGAUGGGAAUGAAGAAAACUGACACAGCUCCUCAAUUUGAAACCAAGUGCAGUUAUGUGGAAGCUACACUUGAAGAGUUUUUGGCCUGGACUUGUGGACAGCCUACGUGUGUCUCUAGACCAUUCAGUUGCUAUGAUUUCUCCAAAUAUUGGACUUAUGCUGACUAUAAAUAUAUUGCUAUGAUAUUUGAAGACAAGACGGAAAUUUUCAAGGAUAUAAUGUGGUCUGAUUUUGGUUUCCCUGGAAGAAAUGGAAAGGAGAGCACGUUGUGGAUUGGCUCAGCCGGAGCAAACACUCCUUGUCAUUUGGAUUCCUAUGGCUGCAAUUUAGUACUACAGAUACAAGGAAGGAAAAGAUGGCACCUUUUCCCACCUGGCAACACCACUUUCCUUUAUCCCACUAGGAUCCCUUAUGAGGAAUCCAGCAUAUUCAGCAAAGUCAACGUUGUCAACCCUGAUCUGAAACACUAUCCUCAGUUCAGGAAAGCCCAGGCCCAUGUGGUUACACUCAAUCCAGGACAGGUCCUGUUUGUUCCCAGACACUGGUGGCACUAUGUAGAAAGCAUUGACCCCAUCACAGUCAGUAUAAACUCUUGGAUUGAACUGGAUGCAGAUCACAAAGCCCGGGUGGAAGAGGCAGUAACUCGAACACUAGUGUGUGCCAUAAAAUCUGCAGAAAACCCCAGCCGUGUGGAUGCCUGGCUGAAUCCCACAGAAGUCGAGGCAACAUCCCAUGAAAUCAAUCUUCAGUACUUAAAUGGAGCAAUGUCUGCAUACUUAGAAUAUCAAAAGGUAACUGUAUCCAAGGACAGAGAUCCCAGCACCCAUGAUACAGAGAAGGAGGCGUCUUCAUAUAAAAGAAGGAAAAUAGAAGUCAACACCAAACCAGAGGACUAUAAAUCAUGGACCCAUGAAGCUGGUUUUACAGUGGUUCAAGCAAAAAAGUUGGAGAAAAUACCUUUCGGGGUGCAUCUUAUUCCAGUAUUACCACAGUCUCAAGAAGGAAGCUCAGUGGGGGCAGGAGCAGUGGAAAGUGACUCUAGAGACCUUCUCAGCGAAAAUGAAGAAGGACAUUUUGGAAAAUUACGCUGCAGUGGGAAGCAAUCAGUAAUGAUUAAUGACUGCGAAACACUUGCAGAUCAAACCGAUGCAGACAGCAAUGCAAACUCUUCACAAAUGGCCAUUUCUACAAAUGACUUGUUAGAUUGUUUGGUUAAUCCACAAGUCAUCAAUUUGGUGACUGGUCUCUUGUUGGAGAGAGAGAGAGUUUGAUAUCAGAGUAUUUUUUCAUUUCUAAAAUAAAGAGAAACUAGCA